CACAUCUCUUGUAUAAUGACGUUUGUUUACAGACGUAUACACUAAUUUUUGUGUUCGUCGCAUUAAUUUCAUUCCAAAAAUAAUAACUAAUAAUGUAAAACGUUUGAGUAUUUUAUUUCGAAAAUUUUGAUCAGUACUUAACCCUACGAAUCUCCAUACUUUUAAGGCGAACCAACCGCAAAGGUUGGAAUAUUACUGAAUAAAAAAUAAAACGAAAAAGUAAAACCUCCAUCGGACAAAGAGAAGUGGCCAAAAUGAUCACUUCGAAUUUUGUACGUUCUACCUGCUGUGUUUCAUUGGUAUUCUUGGCAAUAUGCAUAGCUGACUCCGCCACCGAUGAGAAUCUAUCCCUACAACGUUAUUUGUCGCAAGAUGAUACGGGCUUAAGCACAAAUAAACGCAUACAGCAAAUAAUGCAAGGCGGCGGUACAGCGGAUAUUAGUUGGCCACAGCCACCUAAACUGAAAGCGGAGAAAAUUGAUGUGAAAAGCGAAAUAGCCAAAUUGAAUACAACUUAUGUUUAUCAAAGUUCAUGGCCUGGAGAUGAACUUAAAUUGGGCUCAGUAAGCGCAGUGAGUUUUGAUAGAGAAGGAAAUGUUGUCAUAUUCCAUCGUGUGGAUCGCAUUUGGGACGGCCAAACGUUUAACAACAAUAAUAUCUUUCAACAACGAAGAAAGGGGCCAAUACGUGAUAAUACCGUGUUGGCGCUUGAACGUAAAACCGGACAGGUCGUGUACGGUUGGGGAAAGGGAUUAUUUUACAUGCCACAUGGCUUGACUAUCGAUCACGAGAAUAACGCAUGGGUAACCGAUGUAGCACUCCAUCAGGUCUUUAAAUUCGGACCACGCGGCUCUAAUGAUCAACCGUUACUAAAACUCGGUACGGAGUUUACACCCGGCGCAGGCGACUCGAAAUUUUGUAAGCCCACUUCAGUGGCUGUGCUGGAAAAUGGUGAUUUCUUUAUUGCUGACGGCUAUUGUAAUGCAAGAAUUUUGAAAUUCGACAGAAAUGGCAAGAAAAUUCUCGCAUGGGGACAAAACUCGUUUGCAGGUACUUCCUUUGAUGUGGCACCUAAAAAUUACUUUGCCAUUCCACAUGCACUCACGCUGGUGCCCGAACAGCAGCUGGUUUGUGCGGCUGAUCGUGAAAACGGCCGCGUGCAGUGUUUCUUCUGGACUAACGGUACAUUCCAUUCACAAUAUCACAAUCAAAUUGUAGGUGAUCGCUUAUUUAGCAUGGAUUAUACGCCAGCAGAGGGCGGUCAACUCGUCGUUGUUAAUGGUCCGAUCGGUGAGCUGGGCUUGAAACCGGACACAUACAAUGAAGUACGUGGUUACGUUAUAAAUAUGCGCACAAAGCAAGUCAUAUCGAAAUUCGGACCCAACGACAUGCAAUUUUCCAAUCCACACGAUGUGGCUGUAACGAAAGAUGGCAGUGAAAUUUAUGUUGCCGAAUUGAAUCCAAUGCGUAUACAUAAAUUCUUGCAUAAAACUUUAGCCAAAUCAAUGCCCAUGUCAGAAGCAAAAACACCAAUGGCGCACCACAGUGUGAGCGGCAGUACUACUGUCAAUACCAUCAGCCGUAGUGGGCCCGCAUAUCAAGUUGAUGAAGUUGUAGUCAAGUCAAAUGGCAGCAUAUCUACGUUAGAUGCUUUAUUAGCACAAGAGACGGAACAGUGGUCCAAAGCGGCAAAUAAAACACAUCAUCCCGGUGGCACAGCCAUUUUGGUGGCAUCGCUAAUGCUACUCUUUGCUGCAUUAACAUUUGCCUUGGCACUUAUCAUCGCCCGUCGACGUAAGCGAGGCUGUCUACCUUUUGGCGUUAAGAAUCGUCGUCAUGCCUGGGAUUUCCCCUCAAAGCCGGAUGGUUUCAAACUGGGCGGCCUACUGAUGGAUCGCAGUAAGCGUGGCGGCUUUGAGAAGCUCGAUCAAAAUGCUAGUGAUGAAGAGAAUGAAGCAUCUACAAAUAUGUUAACUAGUGCACCAUUUGCUUAAGUGCGAAAAUCGAGUUGUUGUGCAUCGAAUGUGUGAAGCUUUAAAGAGCAAAUGUGGUUUAACUGAUUUUAUUGUUAAACAAAAAUUUAUGAAUGUGUGUGUAGUAUAACUUUUUUCCCCCUAAUACUGUAUGUAUGUAUGUUUGGAAUGAGUGAUCCUUUUGCUUAAAUAAAUUUUCAUUAGAAUUUUUAUUUUUAUUUGUGUUGUCUGUUUAUACAGCAGAUGCAAUCGGAAGAAAACGAUUGAGAGCAAAUAAAUCAUAAGUAGUAGAU